CGUACACGAUCUUUCAAUUUUAUUUUCAUGUCUUUAUAGUACUGUCACGAAUACAUUUUGUGUGUGUGUUUUUCCACCUUCUACUGUGAGAGAAAACUAUCAGAAAUGAGGAGGAACCUAAAAGAUGAUAUUGAACCGAUCCGUAUGAGCAAGAGGAUAGCUGAAGCAAAAAGUGUGAUGAAUCCGAUUGUUGCUGUUGAAGCUAGAGUUGUUAGCAAGAUGAAGCCAAAAAUUGCUGCUGCUGGAUUUGAAAGAGUUAUAAGGAAGCCAAAAUUAGUUCCAGAAAUUGUCCAUAUUGAGCCAGUGACAAAGAAGAAGAAGAAGAAGGUUAUUAAAGCUACUAAGAAUGAGAGAGGCAAAAGGCCCUUUGCAAGUGAUGCUACACAGGCAGACAUCAGCUACAAAUCUCUGUAUAUUGAGACUCAAAAAAAGGUUGAGGAUUUGAGGGAGGAGAACUAUAAACAAGCCAUCGAUUUGAGCUACCGAAGUGGGCAAGUUGAUGCAUACGAGUAUAUAAUAGGAAGCAUGAAGAAUGUGGUUGGCUUCUCGAAUACAAUGAGAGUAACUGAUGCAGGGAUGAACUUGUCGAAAGGAACUGCUCCAGAUGCUCCUUCAUUGAACCUGAACAAUCUCGGAUGAAGAACAACUCACAGGAAGCUGGAUCAUUCUGUUGGUAGUGAAUGUUUUGUGGUGGCGAUCCAUUUGUUUGUUGGCUUUUGGUAUAAUGUACAUAUAUGUUGAAAUUAGCAUCUCUUGGUUGGUCUUUUAACUCUUAUUAGUUUUCUUAGCAACUAGUACUAGUAUGAACUCGUUGGUAAGGCUGAAAGUGGAUCGUGAAUGUAAUCAAUUGACAUGUCUUGCCCUUUUUAUUAAGUCAAGCUAUUUGUGAUCA